AUGAAGGGCGCCAGGGGUACGCCAGGGGCCAGACCGAGAGAAUCAGGGAAGCCGGGGGGCCAGACCGCGAGAAUCAGGGACGCCAGGGGGCCCGACCGCCAGAACCAGGGACGCCAGGGGCCGGACCCCGAGAACCAGGGACACCAAACUCAGGCCAUAACCAACGAGGCGGCACACCAGAUUCAGGGACGCCAGGGGCUGGGCCACGAUAAUCAAGGGCGCCAGGGGCAGGCCCACGAUAAUCAGGGAAGCCAGGGGUCGGACCGCGAGAAUCAGGGGCGCAACGGGCCGGACCGCGAGAACCAGGGACGACAGAGGCAGGGACACCAACCUAAGGCCAUAACCAACGAGGCGGCACACCAGAUUCAGGGACUGGCCCACGAUAAUCAAGGGCGCCAGGGGCCAGCCGACGAUAAUCAGGGUAUCCAGGGGCCGGACCGCGAGAAUCAGGUACGCAAGGGACCAGACCGCGAGAAUCAGGGGCGCAACGGGCCGGACCGCGAGAAUCAGGGGCGCAACGGGCCGGACCGCGAGAAUCAGGGACGCGACGGGCCGGACCGGGAGAAUCAGGGACGCCAGGGGCCGGACCGUGAGAACCAGGGACGACAGAGGCAGGGACACCAACCUAAGGCCAUAACCAACGAGGCGGCACACCACAUUCAGGGACGGCAGGGGCUGGGCCACGAUAAUCUAGGGCGCAAGGGGCAGGCCCACGAUAAUCAGGGAAGCCAGGGGUCGGACCGCGAUAAUCAGGGACGCCAGGGGCCGGAAUGCGAGAAUCAGGGAAGCAACGGGCCAGACCGCGAGAAUCAGGGGCGCCAGGUGCCCGACCGCGAGAACCUGGGACGGCAGAGGCAGGGACACCAACCUAAGGCCAUAACCAACGAGGCGGCCCACCAGAUUCAGGGACGGCAGGGCCUGAGCCACGAUAACCAAGGGUACCAGGGGCCGGCCCACGAUAAUCAAAGAAGCCAGGGACCAGACCGCGAAAAUCAGGGACGCAACGGGCCGGACCGCGAGAAUCAGGGACGCCAGGGGCCAGAACGUGAGAAACAAAGAAGCCAGAGGAAAGGGCACCAGAGGCCUCACCGGCGUUACUGAAAGUCAUACUGCGUCAAACAGAGAGUCAUCAGGGCUGUUAAGAGUGAUUGCCGCCCCUGAACCUAGAGCCAUAGCCAACGAGGUGGCCCACCAGCUUCAGGGACGGCAGGGGCCAGCCCACGAUAAUCAGGGAAGCCAGGAGUUGGACCACGAUAAUCAGGGACACGAGGGGCCAGACCGCGAGAAUCAGGGAUGCGAGGGGCCAGACCGCGAGAAUCAGGGACGCCAGGGGCCAGAACGUGAGAACCAAAGACUACAGAGGUAGGGACACCAGAGGCCUCACCGGCGUUACUGAAAGUAAGUAAAGUAAAUGUAUCCCUGUAACAGGGCGUGGAGGCCCAUAGGGUUGUGAGAUGCUGAGGUUCCCACAUUUUCCAGACAAUUGGCUCAUAGAUGACAGCAAAAUUAUCAGCCCUAUGCACUGGCCACCCUUCUUUACCCCCAACAAUAUUCCUGCUACUCGUUUCUGUUAGAGGCUGAGUC